AAUUUCAACAACAAAGUGAAAAAAGUACACUGAAAAAGCAAAUUGAAGGCAAGAGCUGUAUAAAUAUACACAAAGUAAAGCAAAAUCAGCUGCAAGAGGCCUCAAGCGGUGUCGGAAGUAAAGAUUGCUACGAAAAGUCCAAGAAAAGCGCUUAUAAAUAGAAAAUUAGAGGUCUUAGGCGGCAUUUACUGCUCGAAGUAAGCUAAAUUUUGUUAGAAAAGUCGGGAGACUAAGUGAAAAGCAUAGAAAGCGCGAACAGGCGCAGCUUUAAGUGAAAGAAAGAGCUUUAAGCUCAAAAAAAGCACUAAAAAUAGCGCUCCACAGCAGCGCUUGCAUAGAGGGCUAGUGAGAAAAGCCGUGAAAACCAAAAUUUAAGCGAUCUAAGCAAGAAAAAGUGGAUGCAGAGCUAAAAAUUUAAGACCAAAUAAGCAGCGAGCUAAGCUUAGUGCGAAAAAGCGGCAAGGCAGAGCAGCAAAAGUGAAAGCGCACAACUUGUGACAAAGAAAAAAGCUUAAAUAAAGUUUUGAAGUGAAUUUUCGGGAGCUGCUAACCCAGUAAAAUCUAGCUGCCGAUUUGUAGGCGCCUGUCAGACUCCAAAUCUCAAAAAGAGCCAGCAAAAACCCGCGCUCGGAAACCGUUGUACCACUUGCUACGCAAUAUUGCCGCAUUGCGUGUGGCUGGCAAUUGCCAAGUAGACGCGCUUUUUGCCUAUCCCCGCUGUUGCUGGAAAGUGUAAUGUAAUGAGAUACGACGUUCAAGAGUUGCUUCAUCAGUCUGCUGAGGAUCCAUUCGCCAGGUUUGCAAAUGGGAUGGCAUAUCAUCCAUUUCUGCAACUCUCCCGACCCACUGACUUCAGCGUGUCGUCGCUGUUGACGGCGGGCACACAGGCACAACAGGCUAGUAACGCCGCCGCCGCCGCAGCAGCUGCUGCAGCCGCAACCGCAGCAGCGGCCGGUGAUUUAGGUGCAGGCGGCGGUAAUACCGUCUUGAGCGCGGCCACCUCACCCGCACAGCCGCACCAGCAGCAAGCGCCACCAACUACACCCACCAGUGCGGCAGCACUCUUGCAACAACACCAACAGCAGCAACAGCAAUUGCAUUUGCAACAGCAACAGCACCAUCAACAGCAGUUGCUUUGCGGCGCCGGUCAAGCAUCACCGGUCGGUGGCCAACAGCCGCCACUCUUAUCGCCUGGCAUUAACAAUAAUAACAGUGUUGGCAGCAAAUCGGGCAGCAAUAAUAAUAGCAACAACAGCAACCGCAAUACACCCACCACAACUAAUAAUAAUAACAACAACAACGAUCCUCAAAGUAGCAACAAUAAUUUGUCGUCGCAACAGCCACUAGCUCAUCCAGCCGCGUCACAUUUGUCAUCGCCGCAUUUGUCGCCGCAUCGUCAACCGCCGCCGCAUCCGCACGCACAUCCCGCACAGCCGCCACCGCCAGCGCCACAGCAUCCACAUCACUCGCCGGUGCCCGGUCAUCACGCAUUGGGGCCACACCUGCCGCAACAGGCCUACUUUCCGGCGGCCGCAUUAGCUGCGCUCGCCGGCAGUCCGGCUGGUCCACAUCCCGGUCUAUAUCCGGCCGGUCUGCGUUUCCCGCCCCAUCAUCCACACGCCCAUCACCCACUGGGCACACCCUACACCACCGCUGAGGACGUGGUGCUCGCAUCAGCUGUGGCGCAUCAAUUGCAUCCGGCGAUGAGACCGUUGCGUGCGCUACAACCGGAGGAUGACGGCGUCGUCGACGAUCCGAAGGUGACGCUGGAGGGCAAAGACUUGUGGGAGAAGUUCCACAAGCUCGGCACGGAGAUGGUGAUCACCAAAAGUGGGCGGCAAAUGUUUCCUCAAAUGAAAUUUCGCGUUUCGGGUCUGGACGCCAAGGCGAAAUAUAUUUUGCUCUUGGACAUCGUAGCGGCGGACGAUUACCGUUACAAGUUUCACAACAGCCGCUGGAUGAUCGCCGGCAAAGCGGAUCCGGAAAUGCCAAAACGCAUGUACAUCCACCCCGAUUCGCCGACCACCGGCGAACAGUGGAUGCAGAAGGUCGUCUCAUUUCACAAAUUAAAAUUGACCAACAAUAUUAGUGAUAAACAUGGAUUUGUAAGUACUACGAUACUCAAUUCAAUGCAUAAAUACCAGCCACGUUUCCAUUUGGUGCGAGCCAAUGACAUACUCAAGCUGCCGUACUCAACAUUUCGGACGUAUGUUUUCAAGGAGACGGAAUUCAUAGCCGUUACAGCAUAUCAAAAUGAGAAGAUUACUCAAUUAAAAAUCGAUAACAAUCCCUUUGCGAAGGGCUUUCGUGAUACCGGCGCUGGCAAGCGGGAAAAGAAUUGUUACAGGCAAGCCCUCAUGUCCAAUCGCGGGUCCGAUUCGGACAAACUGAAUCCGACACAUGUCAGCAGCUCACGUGCGCCACUGCAUUUGGGACAUACCGGUCGGCCACCGCAUCACUUGCAUCCGCAUGCGGCGCUACACGACAAUCAGGCGGACGACGAGGACAAGCUGUUGGAUGUGGUCGGACCGCCGCAGAGCCCACUAUUGCCUUUGAGUCAUUCGUUGCAACAGAUGCAUGCGCAUCAGCAAUCCGCCCUUGCAGCCUGGUUCAACCAUUUGGCCGGUGCCGGCGAUCAUGCGAACGAAGAAGCUCUACGUCGUCGCCUACAAUCCGACGAUGUCGAACGUGAUGGCAGCGAUUCGAGCUGUUCGGAGAGUGUGGGCGGCAGCACGGGUGGCGCAUUCCGACCCACCUCCUCGGGAAGUCCGAAAGAAGGCGCUGCUGGUGGUUUAAAUGCAGCUGGCGCAUAUCCCUCACCGAACAUUUCGGUGGGCCCACCGAUACACCCGUCGCCGCAUCUGUUGCCUUACCUCUAUCCACAUGGCCUCUAUCCGCCACCGCAUCUGGGGCUGCUACACAAUCAGGCAGCUGCGGCCGCCGCCAUGAAUCCGGCCAGUCUCAAUCCGGGCUUGCUGUUCAAUGCGCAAUUGGCGCUCGCCGCACAACAUCCCGCCUUAUUCGGACACUACUCAGGACAUACGCCCGUCUCACCGCUGCAGGGACUCAAGGGACAUCGCUUCUCGCCAUACAGCUUGCCUGGCAGUUUGGGUUCUGCCUUUGAUGCUGUUACGCCUGGUUCGAAUGCGAAUCGCGGCGGCCCGUCAGGCGCUGGAGAUGCCUCCACACUGGGACCCGGUAGUAGCGGUCCCGGUAGCAGUAUAGAAAAUGGACCGCGCAGUUUGAGCUCCAGUCCACGUCCACGUGCCUCAUCCAACUCGCCGCCGACGCGUCCGAUUUCUAUGUCGCCAACGACGCCACCAUCACUGCUGAAGCGGCAGAAUUCACCCUCAGAGCUGAAGAGUAUCGAGAAAAUGGUCAACGGACUGGAAGUGCAACACAAUGGUAGUGGCAGCAGCGCUGGUGUGGGCAUGGGUAUUGGUAUUGGUGCGCUGGUUAGCGGCGCUUUAGAGGAGCUGCAACGCAAGACACCAACACAGGUGGAUCAGUGACAUUUGUUUGAUCGAGACGAUAACGACCGUUCGUCCGUCAUCGAUCUCGACGAUGUGUGACCGCAAGAGCAGGUUUUCCUGUUGCUUUAGUGGGCUUACAAAGGAGCCUACGCGCAUAUGAAUGCGGU